AGUCAGUCGUCACUCUUGUCAAAAUAUCUGCAAGCAGAUACAGAUACAUCCUAGACCAUCGACACGCAGACAUCAACACGAGGAUAUAAUCAAGCACAAUGCGUAUCGAGCCCUGCUACUUCGUCUACCCCGGCCACGGCACCAUGUUUGUGCGCAACGACGCCAAGACGUUCCGCUUCUGCUCGUCCAAGUGCCACAAGAACUUCAAGAUGAAGCGUAACCCCCGUAAGGUCCGCUGGACCAAGGCCUUCCGCCGUGCCAACGGCAAGGAGAUGGUUGUCGUGAGUAUCAUCAAGGGCUACGAUGGGGCGAGACACUUGGCCGUUGCCACCGAUUCCGCGACUGACUCGACCUACGAGUUCGAGAAGCGCCGCAACGUGCCCGUCCGCUACGACCGUGAGCUUGUCGCUACUACUCUGGAGGCCAUGAAGCGUGUCCAGGAGAUCCGCGUCAAGCGCGAGCGUGCCUUCUGGAAGAACCGCAUGUCUGGCAACCCUGCCCGCAACCUCAAGGCCGCGGCCGCCGAUGUCGAGAAGCACAUCGAGCUCGUCCAGCCCCGCAAGGUUACCGACUCGUCUCUGCAGCAGAAGGAGGCUGCCCGCGAGAAGAUCAAGGUCCGCGCCGCCAAGCGGUCAGUUAUGGCUGCCCAGAUGCUCGCCGGUGGCAAGGAGAAGAAGAAGAGCCGUCUCGUCCCUGCCGAGGGUGGUGGCAUGGGCAUGGGCAUGAACGUCGACUAGAGGGGUCCCACAUGAGGGGAGUCUACGGCACACGGUGGGGAUGGAUGCCACCAGGCGUCAAUGUUGUACCAAUACUUUCGUCAUGCAUCUACGUAUUUCCAGUAUA